AUGAACCCAGAAUAUGACUAUUUAUUCAAAUUAUUAUUGAUUGGUGACAGUGGUGUCGGAAAAUCUUGUUUAUUGUUAAGAUUUGCUGAUGAUACUUACACAGAGAGUUACAUCUCCACCAUUGGUGUAGAUUUCAAGAUCCGUACCAUCAACCUUGAUGGCAAGAUUAUUAAAUUACAAAUCUGGGAUACUGCUGGUCAAGAAAGAUUCAGAACCAUUACAUCUAGUUAUUAUAGAGGUGCACAUGGUAUCAUUGUAGUAUACGAUGUUACUGAUCACGUUUCAUUCAACAAUGUUAAGCAAUGGAUGCAAGAAAUCCAAAGAUACGCUUGCGAUAGUGUCACCCGUUUGCUUGUCGGUAACAAAUGCGAUCUCAUUGAGAAGAAGGUUGUCGAGACCAACGUCGCCAAGGAAUACGCUGAUUCCGCCUGCAUCCCAUUCUUGGAAACCUCUGCCAAGUCAUCUGCCAACGUCGAACAAGCUUUCAUGAUCAUGGCCUCUGAGAUUAAGAAACUCCAAGGUGGUAUCACCACUGGAGGCAACGCCAACUACAACAACAACGUUGUCAAGCCAAGCACUGGUACUCCAGUUGGCAAGAAGAAGGGGAGAUGUAAUAUCCUCUAA